AUGAUGGGUAAAGUGAUGAAACUAGCGCUUUUGAUGCUGACGGUCGUACUGGUACGGGGUAGUAGUGAGGACACAGCGCUUACAGCACGCUCCGAUAAAUAUUACGAUGAAAUGUGGUAUCGAUUCUGGACGUUUCCCGUAACGAUGGCCAUUAAGGCAAAGGUGAUUGCUUGGAUUUUGUUCAUUACCUACUUCAGCACAAUCAUGCAGGCGAUCGUUUAUCAGCGAUCGGAACCACAACUACCGGAGAUUUACUCCGUCCCGGAUCAUACUGGCUGGGGACACACAUCGUUUACAAACUGGGGUUAA